AUGUCUUCUACCGUAUUUUUUGAUCCUGACAAACAUCAUCAACCAUCACCUAUCGAUCAAAACAUUUUGUUCGUACGAUCUUCUCAAUGUUUAUCUGAAGCUAUUAUAUCUAAUGAUCAAUUUCAACAAACUAUAUAUUUGUGUUGUUCUGAUCCAUCAACAAAAAGUAAAGAACUACAAGAAAUUUCCAAAAAUUUAUUAAUACACAUAUGUAAGGAACAUAGCAGCUUCGAAUCUCGAUUGGCUCAGAUGAAAGAGAACAAAAUGAAUGGAUCUCGAACAGCAGCUUUGAACGAUGUAAAAGAAUUAAAAUGUAUGAAACGAGAAUCGCUUUCUACAACGCGAAUAUCAAUCGAAGCUGAUAAUCAACAUAACAAUACAUCUUUAAAUAUAUCAAAUGAAUAUGCUUUAAGUGAAGAAACUAAAUAA